AGAGGGAGGAGGCGGAGGGGGCGGGGAGGCAGUGCCGCGGCGGCACCAGGAACCCGCGGCAGCGGAGCUACAGGGCCCCGGCGGGGGAAAGGGGAAGUUGUGAGGGGGAGGAGGUCAGAGAGCGCCUCAUCCCACUCUGGACGCAGAGCCGGCGGCGGGAGGAGCUUGGGCUGGAGCCUCUCCAGCCUCCCGCGAAGGUUUCAGCACAAAAUGAACAUAAUUAGGGAAAAUAAGGAUUUGGCAUGUUUCUACACAACAAAACAUUCAUGGAGGGGAAAGUAUAAGCGUGUCUUUUCAGUUGGAACCCAUGCAAUUACUACAUAUAAUCCAAAUACUUUAGAAGUAACUAAUCAGUGGCCUUAUGGAGACAUUUGCAGCAUCAGUCCUGUUGGAAAAGGUCAAGGAACAGAGUUCAAUCUCACAUUUCGUAAAGGCAGUGGGAAAAAGUCAGAGACUUUAAAAUUUUCUACAGAGCACAGAACAGAACUUCUUACAGAAGCAUUGAGAUUUAGAACUGAUUUUUCAGAGGGAAAAAUCACAGGAAGGAGAUAUAACUGCUAUAAGCAUCACUGGAGUGAUACAAGAAAACCUGUAAUUUUGGAAGUAACUCCUGGAGGCUUUGACCAAAUUAAUCCUACAACCAACAGAGUACUUUGUUCCUAUGACUAUAGAAACAUUGAAGGCUUUGUAGAUCUCUCUGAUUAUCAAGGAGGAUUUUGUAUACUUUAUGGAGGAUUUAGUAGAUUGGUGAGUAAUGUUUUUAAAACAGCAUUUGUAUUUGCUUUGGUUUGUGACUCCGAAAAUCCACAGCUUUUUACCAUUGAAUUUAUAAAAGGGCAAGUCCGGAAAUACUCUUCAACAGAAAGAGAUUCCUUGUUAGCAAGUUUGCUGGAUGGAGUAAGAGCCUCUGGUAACAGAGAUGUUUGUGUAAAAAUGACACCAACCCAUAAAGGUCAGCGAUGGGGGUUACUCAGUAUGCCUGUUGAUGAGGAAGUAGAGAGCCUGCAUCUCAGAUUCUUAGCUACACCUCCAAAUGGCAAUUUUGCAGAUGCUGUAUUCAGAUUCAAUGCUAAUAUUUCGUAUAGUGGAGUUCUACAUGCAGUAACGCAGGAUGGUCUCUUCUCAGAAAACAAAGAAAAACUGAUCAAUAAUGCCAUAACAGCAUUAUUGUCCCAAGAGGGAGAUGUUGUUGCUUCAAAUGCAGAACUUGAGAGUCAAUUCCAGGCUGUAAGAAGACUUGUAGCUUCCAAAGCUGGUUUUCUGGCCUUCACUCAGCUUCCAAAGUUCCGGGAGCGUUUAGGGGUGAAGGUAGUAAAAGCACUCAAGAGGAGCAACAAUGGAGUGAUCCAUGCAGCCGUUGAUAUGCUUUGUGCCCUCAUGUGUCCCAUGCAUGAUGACUAUGACCUAAGACAAGAACAGCUAAACAAAGCUUCUCUUCUCUCUUCAAAGAAGUUUCUGGAAAAUUUACUGGAGAAAUUUAAUUCCCAUGUGGAUCAUGGGACUGGUGCCCUAGUUAUUAGUUCACUUUUGGACUUCCUUACCUUUGCCCUCUGUGCUCCAUAUAGUGAGACGACUGAAGGGCAGCAGUUUGAUAUGCUUUUAGAGAUGGUAGCCUCCAAUGGAAGAACCCUCUUUAAACUCUUUCAGCAUCCUUCCAUGGCAAUUAUAAAGGGAGCUGGAUUGGUUAUGAAGGCAAUAAUAGAGGAAGGUGACAAAGAAAUUGCUACAAAAAUGCAGGAACUUGCCCUAAGUGAAGGUGCCUUACCUCGCCACUUGCAUACUGCAAUGUUUACAAUAAGUUCAGAUCAAAGGAUGCUCACAAAUAGACAGCUAAGUAGACAUUUAGUGGGGCUCUGGACGGCUGAUAAUGCAACUGCGACAAACUUGUUGAAACGCAUUUUGCCACCAGGCUUGCUCGCAUACUUGGACAGCUCAGAUCCAGUUCCUGAGAAGGAUGCUGAUCGGAUGCAUGUUAGAGAUAAUGUGAAAAUAGCAAUGGAUCAGUAUGGAAAAUUUAAUAAAGUUCCAGAAUGGCAAAGACUGGCUGGAAAAGCCGCUAAAGAAGUUGAAAAAUUUGCCAAAGAAAAAGUGGACCUUGUGUUGAUGCACUGGAGGGAUAGGAUGGGCAUUGCUCAAAAAGAGGUAAAAAAAUAUGCUUCUAAAUUUAUAGCAUUUCUACAUGUCCUAGGCCUAACUUCAGUUUCUGUUGUUCACAGUGAAGGCAUUCAGAUAUGUCUGACCGAAUACCUGAAGCUUAAAAUGAAUAUGUCUAGGUUUAGUCAAGACCACGCCAGGUCAAACCUUAUUUGGAAUUUCAAAACACGAGAAGAACUGAAAGAUACUCUUGAAUCUGAAAUGAGAACAUUUAAUAUUGAUAGAGAGCUUGGUAGUGCUAAUGUGAUAUCCUGGAACCACCAUGAAUUUGAGGUAAAGUUCAAUUGCCUGGCAGAGGAAAUCAAAAUAGGAGACUAUUAUCUGAGAUUACUAUUGGAGGAAGAUGAGAAUGAAGAAAGUGGAUCAAUUAAGAGAUCGUAUGAAUUUUUCAAUGAGCUCUAUCAUCGCUUUCUUCUAACUCCAAAAGUAAACAUGAAGUGUUUAUGUUUACAAGCCCUUGCUAUUGUUUAUGGCAGAUGUCAUGAAGAAAUAGGACCUUUUACAGACACAAGAUACAUCAUUGGAAUGUUAGAGAGGUGCACAGAUAAACUUGAACGAGAUAGAUUGAUCCUCUUUCUAAACAAGUUGAUCCUUAACAAGAAAAAUGUUAAGGAUCUCAUGGAUUCAAAUGGAAUUAGAAUCCUUGUGGACUUACUUACUCUAGCACAUCUCCAUGUGAGCCGAGCUACAGUACCACUCCAAAGCAAUGUAAUUGAAGCUGCUCCAGACAUGAAGAGAGAGAGUGAAAAGGAAUGGUAUUUUGGCAAUGCAGAUAAAGAAAGGAGUGGCCCCUAUGGAUUUCAUGAGAUGCAAGAAUUGUGGACCAAAGGAAUGUUAAAUGCAAAAACCAGAUGCUGGGCUCAAGGCAUGGAUGGAUGGCGACCACUUCAGGCAAUACCCCAGCUUAAGUGGUGUCUGUUAGCCAGUGGACAGGCUGUUUUGAAUGAAACUGAUCUUGCUACCCUCAUAUUGAACAUGUUGAUCACAAUGUGUGGAUAUUUUCCAAGCAGGGAUCAAGAUAAUGCCAUUAUUCGGCCUUUACCCAGAGUGAAAAGACUACUAUCAGAUAGCACUUGCCUUCCCCACAUUAUUCAGUUACUGCUGACGUUUGACCCUAUCCUUGUUGAGAAGGUUGCUAUUUUGUUAUACCAUAUCAUGCAAGAUAACCCACAGUUACCUCGUCUUUAUCUGAGUGGAGUGUUUUUCUUUAUCAUGAUGUACACUGGUUCCAAUGUGCUUCCUGUUGCUCGGUUUUUGAAAUACACACAUACCAAACAGGCUUUCAAAUCAGAGGAGACAAAAGGACAAGAUAUUUUUCAGAGAAGUAUACUUGGGCACAUCCUACCUGAAGCAAUGGUUUGUUACUUAGAAAAUUAUGAACCUGAAAAAUUUUCUGAGACUUUUCUAGGAGAAUUUGAUACACCAGAAGCAAUCUGGAGCAGUGAAAUGAGGCGCCUCAUGAUAGAGAAAAUUGCUGCCCAUCUUGCUGAUUUCACACCUCGUCUUCAGAGUAAUACAAGAGCACUUUAUCAGUAUUGUCCCAUCCCAGUUAUCAACUAUCCACAGCUAGAAAAUGAACUAUUUUGUAAUAUUUAUUACCUCAAACAACUUUGUGAUACACUCCGAUUUCCAGAUUGGCCAAUUAAAGACCCGGUCAAGCUUCUAAAAGAUACGCUUGAUGCCUGGAAGAAGGAAGUAGAAAAGAAGCCACCCAUGAUGUCAAUAGAUGAUGCUUAUGAAGUGCUUAAUCUGCCUCAAGGACAGGGGACGCAUGAUGAAAGCAAGAUUAGAAAAGCUUACUUCAGACUUGCACAGAAGUACCACCCUGAUAAGAAUCCAGAAGGGAGGGAUAUGUUUGAAAAAGUAAAUAAAGCAUAUGAAUUUUUAUGUACCAAAUCAACAAAAAUAGUGGAUGGACCAGAUCCAGAAAAUAUAAUUUUAAUUCUGAAAACACAGAGCAUUCUCUUCAACCGACAUAAAGAAGAUUUACAGCCUUAUAAAUAUGCAGGGUACCCCAUGCUAAUUAGAACUAUAACAAUGGAAACUUCAGAUGACUUCCUUUUCUCGAAAGAAUCACCAUUAUUGCCUGCAGCUGCAGAGCUAGCUUUUCACACUGUCAACUGUUCAGCCCUCAAUGCUGAAGAGCUCAGAAGGGAGAAUGGGAUAGAGGUAUUACAGGAGGCAUUCAGUCGUUGUGUAGCUGUCCUGAAUCGCUCUAGUAAACCAAGUGACAUGUCAGUACAGGUGUGUGGACACAUAAGUAAGUGCUAUAGUGUGGCUGCUCAAUUUGAAGAAUGCCGAGAGAAGAUCACAGAAAUGCCUAGCAUCAUCAAGGAUCUCUGUCGAGUACUAUAUUUUGGCAAGAGUAUUCCACGGGUGGCUGCUCUUGCUGUAGAAUGUGUCAGUUCUUUUGCUGUGGAUUUCUGGCUACAGACACACCUCUUUCAGGCUGGAAUUUUGUGGUAUCUGCUUGGUUAUCUAUUUAAUUAUGACUAUACACUAGAAGAGAGUGGUAUUCAGAAAAGUGAAGAAACAAACCAGCAGGAAGUAGCCAACAGCCUUGCCAAACUGAGUGUCCAUGCUCUAAGUCGUCUUGGAGGAUAUUUGCCUGAAGAACAAGCAACCCCAGAAAAUCCAACUGUAAGGAAGAGUUUAGCUGGUAUGCUGACACCCUACGUUGCUAGAAAGCUUGCUGUCAUUAGUGCUACUGAGAUUCUGAAGAUGCUUAACAGCAACACAGAAAACCCCUAUUUGAUAUGGAACAACUCUACAAGAGCAGAGCUACUAGAAUUUCUUGAAUCACAACAAGAAAACAUGAUUAAAAAAGGUGAUUGUGAUAAAACUUAUGGAUCAGAAUUUGUCUACAGUGAUCAUGCCAAAGAACUUAUUGUGGGGGAGAUUUUUGUUAGAGUGUAUAAUGAAGUCCCUACUUUUCAACUAGAGGUUCCAAAAGCAUUUGCUGCAAGUCUCCUGGAUUACAUAGGCUCUCAGGCCCAGUAUCUGCACACGUUCAUGGCCAUCACACAUACUGCAAAAGUGGAAUCAGAGCAACAUGGAGACCGCCUGCCAAGAGUGGAAAUGGCUUUGGAGGCUCUGAGAAAUGUCAUAAAAUAUAAUCCAGGCUCUGAAAGUGAGUGCAUUGGUCACUUUAAGUUAAUAUUUUCUCUUCUCCGGGUCCAUGGAGCUGGUCAAGUGCAACAAUUAGCUUUAGAGGUUGUGAAUAUAGUGACAUCUAACCAAGAUUGUGUCAACAAUAUUGCAGAAUCAGUGGUUUUAUCCAAUUUACUGGCUCUUCUACAUUCAUUGCCAUCAAGUCGUCAGCUUGUUCUGGAAACUCUUUAUGCUUUGGCAUCAAGUACAAAAAUAAUCAAAGAAGCAAUGGCAAAGGGAGCUUUGAUUUAUUUAUUGGAUAUGUUCUGUAACUCAACACAUCCACAGGUUCGAACCCAAACAGCAGAACUUUUUGCCAAAAUGACAGCAGAUAAACUGAUAGGUCCAAAGGUUCGAAUUACAUUAAUGAAAUUUCUGCCUAGCGUUUUCAUGGAUGCUAUGAGAGACAACCCUGAAGCUGCUGUUCACAUUUUUGAAGGAACUCACGAAAAUCCUGAGUUGAUUUGGAAUGACAGUUCCAGAGAUAAAGUGUCUACAACAGUGAGAGAGAUGAUGCUAGAGCACUUUAAAAAUCAGCGGGACAACCCUGAUGUUAACUGGAAGUUGCCUGAAGAUUUUGCUGUGGUGUUUGGAGAAGCAGAGGGUGAACUUGCUGUUGGAGGAGUUUUCUUGAGAAUUUUUAUUGCACAACCAGCAUGGGUUCUCAGAAAGCCUAGAGAAUUUCUGAUUGCACUAUUAGAAAAAUUAACUGAGCUCCUGGAGAAGAACAGUCCUCAUGGAGAAACUCUGGAAACUUUGACAAUGGCAACAGUAUGUCUCUUCAGUGCACAACCUCAGCUGGCAGAUCAAGUCCCACCACUGGGCCACCUUCCCAAAGUUAUCCAGGCAAUGAAUCACAGGAACAAUGCCAUUCCUAAGAGUGCCAUUCGAGUUAUCCAUGCCCUGUCCGAAAAUGAGCUGUGUGUUCGAGCCAUGGCAUCCUUAGAAACCAUUGGCCCACUGAUGAAUGGAAUGAAAAAGCGAGCAGAUACUGUUGGUCUAGCCUGUGAAGCAAUUAAUCGAAUGUUUCAGAAGGAGCAGGGUGAAUUGGUAGCACAAGCCCUGAAAGCAGAUUUGGUCCCAUACCUCUUAAAAUUACUCGAAGGCAUAGGACUUGAAAAUUUGGACAGCCCCGCUGCCACCAAGGCCCAGAUUGUUAAAGCACUCAAAGCCAUGACUCGAAGCCUGCAGUAUGGAGAACAGGUGAAUGAAAUCCUGUCUCGCUCUUCAGUCUGGAGUGCCUUCAAAGAUCAGAAACAUGAUUUGUUCAUUUCUGACUCACAAACAGCAGGAUACCUCACAGGACCUGGAGUUGCUGGCUACCUUACCGCAGGUACAUCCUCAUCAGUCAUGUCUAACCUGCCACCUCCUGUAGACCAUGAGGCAGGCGACCUUGGCUAUCAGACUUGAAAUACUUACAAGAGACAAUAAUCGCUGAAAGGCCAGUGCCGAGUCCACAUUCCUCCAGCUGAUACGUUGAAGCAAACUCUUACUGCCUUUCUCCUGGUUUCAUGACAGUGUUAUUCCUUUUUCUAUAAAUAUAUUUUUAUUUAGGGAAAAAAAGUCAGUGAUCAUAAUUGUAACACAUUAUGAGAAAACACUCUGGAUCAACCUAAGUGGGUACACAAGAAUCUUUUUUCUUGAUGUAUGUAAGCACAUUUUUUUUCCUUUCUAUCUGUUUACAAGACUGUGAAUCAAAAAGACAACACUUUCUUCCUAGUUUUUAUAAUGUUUUUUUGAAUUAGUGUGACUGUGGGGCUGAGCUCCAUCCAGUCUUCAGAAAUUGGACUAAGUCACUUAUUCCCAGAAAAGUGUCACGUGGCCAUUCUCCUCCCGUCAUCGAACACUAUUAGGUUUUUGUUCCUGUACCUGUUCCCUGGUCUCCUCAAUCAUUAACUUCUUGAGAGCUCACAGUACACAUCGAUAUGUAUAACUGGCUUUACCAAAUUGAAUGAAAAGGAGCUUGUGCAAAAAAAAAAAAUUUAAA